ACCCGGCACCACCACCUCCCCGGAUUCCAAGAACAGAUGCCACUCUGAGCUUCAAAUUAACCUCGAGCUCCAAGCUCUCUAACAACCUCGUUAACCACCGUGCCCGCAACUCCUGCCGAGCGCCCGCGACAAUGGCGGCCUCCGUUGAGCGGCACCUGGCCCCGCAUCCGUGGCCGAGCAAUGCGCCUCCCAAGAGCUUCGACAUGUUCCGGCCCGGCGGUCCGGGCAAGCGCCGCGCCGGCCCCGACUCCGACUCCGACGACGAGGACAACAUACCCCCGGACUGGAGGUCGCUCUACCACCCGCGCCUCGAGGUGGAGCCGCCCGUCCAGGACCCCCGCGACGAGGCCACCUCCGACGCGUGGGUGCGGCGCCACCCGGCGCUCGUCCGGCUCACGGGCAAGCACCCCUUCAACUCGGAGCCCCCCGUCCCGCGGCUCAUGGCGCACGGGUUCAUCACCCCGGCGCCGCUCCACUACGUGCGCAACCACGGGGCGGUGCCCAAGGCGGACUGGUCCACCUGGACCGUCGAGGUGACGGGGCUCGUGAAGCGCCCCGCGGGACUCACCAUGGAGCAGCUGGUGACGGAGUUCGAGGCCGUGGAGCUGCCCGUGACGCUGGUGUGCGCGGGGAACCGGCGCAAGGAGCAGAACAUGGUGCGCCAGACCGUGGGCUUCAACUGGGGCCCCGGGGCCAUCUCCACCUCCGUGUGGCGCGGCGCCAGGCUCCGCGACGUGCUCCGGCGGUGCGGCGUCAUGGGCGCAGCGGCCGGCGCCGCCAACGUCUGCUUCGAGGGCGCCGAGGACCUCCCCGGCGGCGGCGGGUGCAAGUACGGCACCAGCCUGCGGCGGGAGGUGGCCAUGGACCCCGCGCGCGACGUCAUCCUCGCCUACAUGCAGAACGGCGAGCCGCUGGCGCCCGAUCACGGCUUCCCCGUGCGCGUCAUCGUGCCGGGCUUCAUCGGCGGCCGCAUGGUCAAGUGGCUCAAGCGGAUCAUCGUCGCGUCCAGCGAGUCCGAGAGCUACUACCACUACCGCGACAACCGCGUCCUGCCGUCCCACGUCGAUGCCGAGCUCGCCAAUGCCGAAGCGUGGUGGUACAAGCCGGAGUACAUGAUAAACGAGCUGAACAUCAACUCGGUGAUCACGACGCCGGGCCACGACGAGGUGCUGCCCAUCAACGCGCUGACGACGCAGCGGCCGUAUACGAUCAAGGGAUAUGCGUACUCCGGUGGCGGCCGGAAAGUUACGCGGGUGGAGGUGACCCUGGACGGCGGCGAGACGUGGCAGGUGUGCACCCUCGACCACCCGGAGCGGCCAACCAAGUACGGCAAGUACUGGUGCUGGUGCUUCUGGUCCGUCGACGUCGAGGUGCUCGACGUGCUCGGGGCCAAGGAGAUCGCCGUCCGCGCCUGGGACGAGGCCAUGAACGCCCAGCCGGAGAAGCUCAUCUGGAACCUCAUGGGCAUGAUGAACAACUGCUGGUUCCGUGUGAAGAUCAACGCGUGCCGGCCGCACAAGGGCGAGAUCGGUCUGGUGUUCGAGCACCCGACGCAGCCGGGCAACCAGCCGGGCGGCUGGAUGGCGCGGCAGAAGCACCUGGAGACGUCGGAGAGCGCGCAGGGCACGCUGAAGAAGAGCACCUCCACGCCCUUCAUGAACACGGCCACCGCGCAGUACACCAUGUCCGAGGUGCGUCGCCACACGUCCCCGGAGUCCGCAUGGAUCAUCGUGCACGGCCACAUCUACGACUGCACGGGCUUCCUCAAGGACCACCCCGGCGGCGCCGACAGCAUCCUCAUCAACGCCGGCACCGACUGCACCGAGGAGUUCGACGCCAUCCACUCCGACAAGGCCCGCGGCCUCCUCGAGAUGUACCGCGUCGGCGAGCUCGUCGUCACCGGAAGCGACUACUCCCCGCAGAGCAGCCACGCCGACCUCAAGGCCAUCGACGAGGCCCCUGCUGCGCCGCCGGUUCCUCUGCCCGUGUCCACCGUCGCGCUCGCCAACCCGAGGGAGAAGGUGAAAUGCCGGCUCGUGGACAAGAAGAGCCUGUCCUACAACGUGCGCCUCUUCCGGUUCGCGCUGCCGUCGCCCGACCAGAAGCUCGGCCUGCCGGUCGGCAAGCACGUGUACGUGUGCGCGUCGAUCGCCGGCAAGCUCUGCAUGCGCGCGUACACGCCGACGAGCUCCGUCGACGAGAUCGGCCACAUCGAACUCCUGAUCAAGAUCUACUUCAAGGACGAGGACCCCAAGUACCCCAACGGCGGGAUCAUGUCGCAGUACCUGGACUCCCUGCCGCUCGGCGCGACCAUCAACAUCAAGGGCCCCAUCGGGCACAUCGAGUACGCCGGCCGCGGCGGCUUCGUGGUGAACGGGGAGCGCCGGUUCGCGCGCAGGCUCGCCAUGAUCGCCGGCGGGACGGGGAUCACGCCGGUGUACCAGGUGAUCCAGGCCGUGCUGAGGGACCAGCCCGAUGACGACACGGAGAUGCACCUGGUGUACGCGAACCGGACGGAGGACGACAUGCUCCUGCGGGAGGAGAUCGACCGGUGGGCGGCGGCGCACCCGGCGCGGCUCAAGGUGUGGUACGUGGUCAGCAAGGUGGCGCGCCCCGAGGACGGGUGGGGGUACGGCGUCGGGAGAGUGGACGAGCAGGUGAUGAGGGAGCACCUGCCGCUGGGCGACGGCGAGACGCUCGCGCUCGUGUGCGGGCCGCCGGCGAUGGUCGAGUGCACGGUGCGCCCCGGCCUGGAGAAGAUGGGGUACGACCUCGACAAGUCUUGCCUCGUCUUCUGAGCUCACGGACGCCGUGCGAGGGCAGCUGUACAUAGAAAUGAUGCUGCGCGCUUGCAGCCUAGUAACGCGUCGACCUUGCUGGAACUCCACCUAGCUCUGGUGAUAGCGAGUUGGAGUAGUGUGUGAGUGGUCAUGGAGGUGCAUACUACCUUGUGCCAUGGACGUUUUGUGGUGAGAUGCGUAUUGGUCCUACAGAGCAAAUAAAAAGUUAUAAAUCAUCCAACCAAA